AUGGCAACCCAGACUUGCAUUUCCCAAGAUCUAUUAAAAACGCCCACAGUGAUGGCACAAGUACACAGCCCCAGCGCAGAACACGCUUCAAAGAACAUUCUCAAUGCCGAGCAGCUCAAAGAUGGCAUCACAAGCGAACUAUCCAGCGUGGACCCAAUCCCCGAAUACAAGAUCCGAGAGAGUCCCAUGGGCACCAAACGGAAACUCAAAGUCGUCUUCAUGGGGAUGGGAUGCAGUGGAAUCAACUUUGCAUCCCAGCUCCAAAAACGAAUGGAAAAUAUUGACCUCGCCAUCUACGAAAAGAACGACGACGUCGGUGGCACCUGGCUGGAGAAUAAAUACCCCGGUUGUGCUUGUGAUAUUCCAAGUGUCUCUUAUCAAUAUACGUGGGCUCGCAAACCCGACUGGUCGCAUUAUUACUCCGGCGCAAAGGAGAUUUUCGAGUACUUCAAGUCUGUUGCCGUGGAGAACGAUGUUUUGAAGUACGUCAAGUUCAAACAUCGCAUUAGUAGAGCUGAAUGGCUCGAACAGGAAGGCAAAUGGAAAAUAACAGUCAUGAGGAACGAUAAUCCGACAGACACUGUGGUUGACUAUGCCGAUUUUUUCAUCAAUGGUGGCGGCUUUUUGAAUACGUGGAAAUGGCCGCAGGUCAAGAACUUGGAGACCUUUAAAGGUCCAAGGAUGCACACAGCUGCGUGGGACAAUACAGUCGACCUCAAAGACAAAAAGGUCCUUGUUCUGGGUAUUGGCAGUUCUGGUGUCCAGGUGGUACCAGCUAUUCUCGACACUGUAAGCCAGCUAUACGUAGUGGCACGCUCUGCUACUUGGAUCACUGCUGGCUUUGCUCCCAAGUAUGCUGGCAAAAACGGCGAAAAUUUUGCCUAUUCUGAAGAGACCAAGCAGCGAUUCCGAGAAGAUCCCGAGUUAUACCUCUCUUAUUGCAAAGGUGUCGAGUCAGAGCUCAAUCAAAGAUUCAAGAUCGUCGUCAACGACUCCACAGAUGCCAUCGAUGCUCGCUCGUACUCUGAAAAAGAGAUGCAACGCAAACUGACCAGUCGCCCGGAUCUUCUCGACCAUCUGAUGCCUAAAGAUUUUGGCAUUGGGUGUCGUCGCCCGACGCCCGGAAAUGGCUUCCUCGAAGCUCUGUCAGACCCCAAAACGACGACGUUGACGCAAGAACUAGACUCUAUUACGCCAACUGGCUUUAUUGCUGGGGAUGGAACUCACCACGAGUGUGACAUUAUCGUUUGUGCCACUGGGUUCGACACUUCGUUCCGCCCGCAGUUUCCUAUCAUUUGCAACGGCCGCAAUGUCCAAGAUGACUAUAACGACCCAGACAACCUGGGAUACCUCGGCAUUGGUGCAUCUGAAGUUCCAAACUACUUUGUCUUUUGUGGAGUGUACGGUCCGAUUGGCCACGGCUCUGUGUGUCCGAUGGUCGAGGCAUACACAAACUACGUCUUUCAGGUUUUGGAAAAGGCCCAGGUCGAAGACAUCAAGAAGAUGCAAGUGAAACGGUCUGUCGCCCAGCAGUUCUCUGCACAUGCCGACCUAUACGUCAACAGGACUGCCUGGUCCGGCCCUUGCUCCUCCUGGUUCAAGGCCGGCGAUAGAAACCGGAAACCGACCAUCUGGUCCGGAUCGAGAAUCCAUUAUCUGCGCAUGUUGCAGAAGCCGCGUUUUGAAGAUUUUGAUAUUGAAUAUCUGAGUGGGAAUGCUUUUAAUUAUCUUGGUGACGGCUUCCACGUCAGUGAGUAUGAUGGUUCAGAUUUGACCUGGUAUUACGGACUCAUGAAUGGGGAGGACAAGCAGCCUGAUCCAUCCGAGUUUCCGCCAGCGCUGUACUAA